AUGGAGAGGAUAAUUCUGGACAAACUGAACUGGGACCUUCACAUGGCCACACCGUUGGAUUUCCUUCAUAUUGUAAGUUCUAGGAUGUAUUUAAUUGGGAAGAUGUUUUAACAAAAACGAGUCUAGGUGGUUGUAAACCUCGAAAUAAAAAAAAAAAACUGCUGUUUUGUCUCUUUAUUAUUCUUUAUAUUUUAUAAUUGCUUAAGCUGAAAAAAAAUUCCCUAUAGAUUGUCUACAUUCCAAGAUGUUAUACCAUAAAACCAUUUCUUUUAAUUUGGGGGGAUUUUGAUACUUCAAAUUAUGAACUUAUUUACAGCACAUUGUGUUGCAUCUUCUGACCUGUUGACAAUGGUAGAAUAGUGCAAUGAAAAUUUCUUUUUUGAAAUGCCACUUUGUAACAUUGUAAUAUUUGUAUUUACUUUUAGUUCCAUGCCAUGGCAUUAGCUGCUAGUCCUCAGCUGCUGGAUCAGAUGCCUGAAGUGAACAAAUCACAGCACAUAGCACUGCUUACCAACCAGCUUCUCCAAUGCAUGGCAUCUUACCAGCUCUUGCAGUUUAAAGGUUCCAUGCUGGCACUAGCACUACUCAGCCUGGACAUGGAAAAACUGCUUCCUGAUUGGCUCGCUCUUACCAUCAAGCUGCUCCAGACUGCACAGGUGAGUAACUUCUCAGAUCCUAGCCUCCUAUGUCUAGUAGAAAAAAAAAGCGCAGAUAUCAAUGCUAGCAAACUGGUCUAAACAUCAGUCUUGAUGCGUUUCAUUUUCAUGUAUUAUUUUUGUGCAGAAUGGAGAGUGAUCCAGCACACUUGGGAAUGAUGAUAAUAGAUUGCGUUGAUUAACCUUCCCAUUAAUUAUGCCAAUGUAAUUUUUCACUACCACACAUCACAUAGAUCAGCUUCAUAUCGAUGCAUUAUGAAUGAACCUCUUAAACUAGGUUGACUUACCAUUAUUACAUUUUCUUAGUCUGCAUGUAAACAUAACUCAAUGUUUGAGAAAAUAAACAUCUUCUGUGAAAUCUUUAUUCUUGCAAAAGGUCGUGAAUUGAAUGUGAGAACCCUGAUAUCUGUUGUGCUCUCAGUAUAUAUAUAAUAUUAUGUAGUUAAACAAAAUUGAUGAUUAUAAAAAUGUGUCUGGGACCUGAUUUCCUGUAAUUGGUGGCUUUAUAGCUCCUGUUGUUGGAAUUUUUGCUCAUGGAUGUUCAUCUCUUUGCUCUAAAUUUUCAGAUGGAUAGCUCCGAGCUGUUCCACUGUCGGGAAGUAGCAGCACUGCACCUUUCUCCUCUGCAGGUUCCCUUGCCUCCCAAUGCGUUAUACGUCUACCAUCCCCUCAAGCGUACCUUGGUAACCUGCAACAGAGGAGCGUUUCAAAUGCACCCCUCCCCUGUGUCAGGGCCAGGAAUUCAAAGCAAGUGUACACCAGGAGGUCUGACCAAUAGAGCAGCUGUCCUCCACCGGCGACUGGCAGCUCCCGCCACUUGUAAGCAGGCUUCUGCCAAACGAAAGGUGGAGCAAAUGGAAGUAGACGACUUCUAUGACGGGAUCAAAAGGCUCUACAAUGAAGAUGGUGCUGCGGAGAUUGGGGGCAUGGAGAUUGUGACUUGCGGCAGUGGCAAGUCCAGAAAAGAAGGCAGCAUAUCUCCAUGCCCACAAUUACAGGCAGUGCCUGUUAUGUAA